GAAUAACAAGAUACAAGAAAAAAUAAAAUAAGAUAGAAUAAAAAUAGAUAAAUAAAUAAACAAAAUGUGGUCAGACAACUCCCACGGCCAGAGCUUCGUGCAAGGGCAACAAGCCUUCAUUGCAGGAAAGGCCUUCACUCACGGCAAGAACUUUCAACACUCGCCCGCCCUGGAUCGCCUCUGUUUACACUCGAGGCUGGGUUGCGUCCUGGCAGGGGGGUUCCAUGGCAAGACAGAAGCAGGGUUCCUCGCGCAGGUGCAGGAGGCAGCCAGCGUCCCCUCUGCAAGUGAAGUGUCGGCGGAAGCUGCUGUGUUUGUGGCGGUGAUCGUCGUCUUCUACGCCGCCAUCAUCGUCAUCCUCCUGGGCACCAACAUGCGGCGUCCCAGGUCGUCCUCGUCGUCGUCCGCGCGCCAACGACGAUCCAGGUCGCGCUCGAGGUCCCGCCACAGACACCAGCUCGUCCUCGACCCCAAGGACGGCUCCGUGACCACCCAGCACGCGCCCAAGAAGAAGAAGGAGCCGCCGACCUCAUCGCUGCAGGGGGCGGAGAAUGUGUAA